CACUUCUAUCUGAAGUUUGUGCUGAUGAUGUCGUUCAGAAGAACGAUGAAAGCUCCACGACCAAACCAUCCAGCUCAGAGAACAAAACUCCACCAAAAUUUAAUCUAAUCCAUUGUUCUGUAUACAUUCUUACGAUAACGAUGUGAAUAUUACAAUAAUCAUGUGGUUUAAGAUCAACGACAUAGUUGCGUUAAAGUCAACGGAUAAAAUAUCAACCUGAAGAGAAUUUCGAUAUGUACACUCAACACUAACAGUGAUGAAAUAUUUUAAGUCCCUAUAAUCUCACUAAUAUAGUAAGAAACAGUGGUGUCUAUGUGUGUAUUGAUGAAGACCUUCCAAUUCGUAUGUAGCAACUGUUCAUUACUACCUAGUUUUCUCUGAUUGAUAUAUAUCAGUUCAUAAGGAAAAUAACCUUAUGAUUUACUACAAUUGUGUUUCAUCUGCCUCGAACAUAUUCACAACCAACGUUUAAUCCCUUACAUUUAGAUUGUAUAUCUUGUCUCAAUAUCUGUGUCAUAAUGAUAAUGACCAGUUAAAUGAAACAAAAUUGAAACUUGAACGGCUUGAACAAACACAAUUCGAUAUCAUUGAACAAAUAAACAAUAUUAAUUACCAAGGAUCACUAAUGCCACCGACACAACCAUCCAACAUUGUCACAAUGACCGAAUCUAAUGUGAAUUUAGAACAUUGGGAAAUUAAAUCUAUUGAAUUAUCUAAUCAGAUAAUUUCACAAUUACGAACUGUUCAAGGGGAUUUUUCACGUCGUUAUGCAAAAAUUUCUGAAAAUAUGAAUAAAAUCUUAUCGAAUAUACAAGAUCCAAAUCAUUCAAUGAAAACAAAUAUGUUGCAUAAUUUAGAAUCACGUGUUAAUGCCUUGCCAACUAUAACAUCGGAUUGUAUCAGACGUGUACUACAUGAAGAAUUAUUAAGAGUAUUUUCAAAUAAUUUAUCUCGAAUUGUUGAACCAUUACAACAAUCUCUAUUUAAUGUGUUAAAAGAUCAUUUAUCUGCAUUGCCAACAACGUUAACAGAUAAUGUUCAACGUACUCUACGUGAAAAGAAUUUCACUACACAAAUUGUACGAUCUGCAUCUGGAAUAUUAUCCACGGAACUGUCUAAUGCUUAUCGUGAUUCAUUAAAUAAAAUUUAUGUUCCAGCCUUAGAAAAAUCCACUAAGAAAUUAUUCACAGAUCUUAAUAAUGUUUUUCAACUUGGUACACAACAAUAUUUAAAUCAAAUUUCAUCUCGUAUUCAAACUCCAUCUUUCGAUGCUACAAAUUUUACACCUUUGAUGAAUCAAAUAACAUCCACGAUAAAAUCAACUCUUACUGAAACAUUGAAAGAAGUUGAAAGCAAACGUAGCAAUCCUUCUUCUCUUAAACUAAAUCAAUCAUCAGAUUCAUAUACCACUAAUACUAUUGAUCGUAAUGAUCAUUAUUCAGAUGUAGCAUUCGACAAUGUAAAGCAUAAACAAUCCAAUUCAACAAUGUUGGAUAAAACAGCUGUGAAUAAAAAAUCAUAUAAUCGUCAUUUAAAUAAGUCAGGUAUUGUCAAUACUCCUCUUGUUAGUGGUAGCAAUAGUAACAAUAAUAAUAAUAAUAAUCCUAGUGUAAAGAAUAAAAUACAAACAACUAAUGAGAGUCCAUAUUCAUCAAAUCUACUUCCACAACCACCACUAUCAACAUUAACAACAACAACACCAACAACAUCGUCAUCAUCGUUGUCAUCAUCAAUGAAACAAGAUAAAUUGACACGUUUAUUUCGACAAGCUCAAGUGUUGAUUCAUUCAGAUCGUUUAGUUGAUGCUUUGGAAUUGUUACACUUACUAUAAAGAACCUGAAUCAGUUUAUGAUUUCAAAGAAAUUCACCAAUUUCCACAACCCCCAUACUAAGUAUUACUUUAUACAAGUAAUGUGAUAUGUGUGUAUCAUAACGAAGGCCUAUUGAACUUGGGGUUAGCCAACAUAAUGACAAAGUUAUUACAACAACAACAACAAAAAACUUCAUUUGUUAAUAUACGAAAUAUAAACUAUACACGAAGAAAAAUAUACUUGACGUUAUUUAAUUUGUCAGGAGUAGGUGUGUUCAAGUUUGUUUGUUUGUUUUUUUGGUCUUGUAUUACACAAUUAUAAAUAGUUAGUCAUUACAACUAUAAUCCAGAUAAAGCAUGUAAUGAGGUUAUCUCUAUGAUCUGUAAACAUAGACAACAAAUAUAUCAGAGUUCUGUUAUCAUGACAGGGUAUAAUUCAAAAAUAAGAAGUAUAUAUGUACAACAGUGUAUUUAUCACCGAUAAACAAUGUAUCAUGCAAGAAGCGUUCAAAACCAGAGGAGAAAGUCAAAUUAAUUCAUAACUAAAUUCUUGCUUUCUGAUUGACUAAUGAUAAACCUCUAUAGUCGUUUAUCAGAUUAUUAAGGUUUCAAUUAAGUAUAAACAUUGAAUAAUAUUGGUUAUAAAUAAAUGUCAUAAGUACGUAAGUUACUAUAGUGUUGAUUAAGAUAAUGAGAAGAAACAUUCAGAUAUUAAAAUUAAAAAUUACGAAUAUGAAUAAAUGUAAUCAUGAACAAUAUAUUUAUAUAAGCAAAGAUAGAUAGUGGCUCGUAGGGGAAUCCAGGACGCACGUUUUGUCCUUUUUGGGACUCGUCAGCUGGAUGUACCUGCAUCUCAGAAUUGAUGUUCACUCUAGAACUCGAACCCAGUACCGUUCGCUUUGAACGCCAUUACGUUAUGCACUUAGCUACUGAAUCCUGAUAGCCACCUGCUUUUGCAA